UGCCGCUGAAUUAAUGCGCUUCUUCACUGGAGACUUGGAAGGACAGAGCCUUCAAAGCAUCUUUGAUGUAUUCUUUACUAGGACUCUCUUAAUGCCAUAGAUUCUCCAAAAGUCCGAUACAGAGACAGUGUUUUAGAAAUUUAAAAACUGAGAUUUUAGACUGUUGCGUUCAUUUGAAGAAUUUAAGGCCGUGUUACUGCCCUAUCGCUGCAGACAGGCUAUUGUCAGCCUCCAGCAUCACAAACAUGGAUCAACACGACUCGACGUUUGGCGUGCAGCUCUUCAUUUAUGAUCUGUCGAGGGGAAUGGCCCGACAGCUCAGCCCUAUAAUGUUAGGAAAACAGCUUGAUGGGAUUUGGCACACAUCUGUAGUGGUCUACGGAGAGGAGUUCUUCUAUGGUGGUGCCGGGAUCUCUAGUUGCCCACCGGGCGGGACGAUGCUCGGACCUCCAGACACAGUGGUGGAGCUGGGAAACACUGAGGUGACAGAGGAGAUCUUUAUGGAUUAUCUGUCCUCACUUGGAGAAACAACAUAUAGUGGGGACAAGUACAGAUUGUUUGAACACAACUGUAACACGUUCACUAAUGAGGUGGCCCAGUUUCUCACUGGCAAUAAAAUUCCCUCCUAUAUCACAGAUCUGCCCUCUGAAGUGCUCUCCACGCCAUUUGGUCAGGUGUUGCGACCAAUCCUGGACUCGAUACAUAUUGCCCCUCCAGGCGGAAACGUGAUCAACAGCCAAAAUAAUCAUAGCUAGAUCAUCUUUGUAAUCUCUCUCGCACACACACACACCUACACACGCAAUAAUUCACACAUACGCUGUUUAUACACACACAUUUGCCCUGUUGAAAAUGAAGUUGGCUCAUAAACCUCGUUCAAGAGCACUGAACAAAUUUUCAUCAAUUCUGGUCUGUGUUCACAGUUACCCAGAUAGUUUUACUUAAAGUGUUUUGUGCACAAGGUCCCAGGUCAUUCUUUCCCGAUCACUGAUGGUUCAUAUUUUUCAGUGUUGAGUUCUUGGUUUCUAUGGUUUUCAUUUUCAUAUGCCUCUUUACUUUGUAUCUCUACAGCCCACAAUAUGCAAAGGUCAUUUGUUGCUUGUUGAUGACAAUCCAGGGUUUUCUUUCCUGUUGUUACAGUAGUUUUUAUUCCUUUCACAUAAUUUCAUGCUGUAUGUUCCUCAGUAAUAUGUCUGUUGAUAUGCAUUAAUAUUGGCAAGCCAUAAUGUUGAAAGACUAUCUUUAAUUUUAUUCCUAACAUAUAUUUAUUUAUUUCCAUGAGUGACUUUGUGACAAAGAAGCACAUGUUCUGUAAUAUAUUUACAUUUACAUUUAUCAGACUGGACCAUGAUACACGUGGCUCAGAUUCAGAGAGAAAUAUAUGUAUCUGUGCCUUUGUCAUGGCAGCUUUGGCACAAGUAACAUUUUAAUCAGAAUUAAACCUGUAGAGUAAAAAUUAUUUAUACACCUUAUGCUUAAGGUAGAUGUUGUCUCUUCUAUUUAUUUAACCAGCUGAAUUCUUUUUAUUUAUGCUUCAUGCUGAUUUUAAUUUUCAUGAAAGGAAAGUUUGCUGCUGUUGUCAGUGUUAUAUGGUUGAAUUUGUCUUUGUUAUUGGUAUAUAUUAACAUAUUCCUAUUUUAAAUUGGUUUAUUUAUUGAGCACAAGUGAUAAUGGAAUAUUCAGAGAUGUUUGAUGAAGACUAUUGCACCUCUUAUUUAGUUUUCAUGCUGUUGUUAUUGUCAAAUAGUUGCUGCAGACCCUAAACUGCACUGAUUGUUUUGAGCUUUAUACUCAUGUUUUAAUGGAAGUCAUCUCAUUAAAGAACCAGCACGGAGUCUACAUAAA